CCAGAGCGAGGCUGGGGUAGAGAGGCCGACUGAGCAGGAGUCGUCCGCUUGUCGUGGAGGCGGCUAGGGAGCCGGCGAGAGGCUGAGCGGGCGAGCAGGCGAGCGAGCUAGAGCAGGCAGGAGGGAGCGACGCGCGGCGCAGAGUAGCGCCGGGGCCGGGCCGCGGAGGAACCCACAGCCGGAGAGGGGCAGCCCGAGCCGGGCGCCGCGGGGUCCCCACCCCCACUCGGCCGGACAGUGCCCGGUGUUCCCCCGUGCGGGGGGCGGCGGCGGCGGCGGCGGCUGACGGGACCGGACAGGACCGCGGGGGUGUUGCCACCUCCACCGAGGAGCCGGCGCGGCCGCGGGCUCCUCAGAGCCGGGGCCCGGGGCCCGUGAUAGACGGGCCGAGGAAAGGAGAGAGGCGGCGGCGGCGCAGGCGACGGGGAGGCAGCGGCGACACCAUGUCAUCCCCCAGUCCGGGCAAGAGGCGGAUGGACACGGACGUGGUCAAGCUCAUUGAGAGUAAGCAUGAGGUUACGAUCCUGGGAGGACUCAAUGAAUUUGUAGUCAAGUUUUAUGGACCACAAGGAACACCAUAUGAAGGCGGAGUAUGGAAAGUUAGAGUGGAUCUUCCUGAUAAAUACCCUUUCAAAUCUCCAUCUAUAGGAUUCAUGAAUAAAAUUUUCCAUCCCAACAUUGAUGAAGCGUCAGGAACUGUGUGUCUAGAUGUAAUUAAUCAAACUUGGACAGCUCUCUAUGAUCUUACCAAUAUAUUUGAGUCCUUCCUGCCCCAGUUGUUGGCCUAUCCCAACCCCAUAGAUCCUCUCAAUGGUGAUGCUGCAGCCAUGUAUCUCCACCGACCAGAAGAAUACAAGCAGAAAAUUAAAGAGUACAUCCAGAAAUAUGCCACGGAGGAGGCACUGAAAGAGCAGGAAGAGGGUACCGGUGACAGCUCGUCGGAGAGUUCUAUGUCUGACUUUUCGGAAGAUGAGGCCCAGGAUAUGGAGUUGUAGUAGAAAAAGCACCUGCUUUUCAGAAAGACUAUUAUUUCCUAACCAUGAGAAGCAGACUAUAAUAUUCAUAUUUAAACAAAGCAAUUUUUUUUAUUACUAAACAAGGUUUUUAUGAAUAAUAGCAUUGAUAUAUAUAUAUUAUAUAUCACCCUUUAGAUCUUGAUUUCUUGGUCAUUUCUCAACCUGAGGUGCAUAGCAUAUUCCCACAUUCCAUUUUGGUAGCAAUAUGCGGUCUGAAUGCAUGCAUUCAUAAGUCCAUUUUGGCCAAGUCAGCCUGUGUGCUACUGAACUGUCAAAAGAAAUAGCCGCUCUGAUAGGUAGACAUGAGUAAAACUAACAGGAAAAAGUUGCUUCUUUUAUUGAUGGUUCCAAAGAAACAAACCAAACCAACCAGCUCUUGGACGUGAAGAUAGAAUAGUGCUUUUUCAAAAUGGACGGGAGGAGCCGGGGGAGGAAAAGGCCUGCUGUGGGAAGGUGUAGAGCCAGCCGUGUCAGAGCCACAGCCAUUCCUUCCUGUGAGUCCUGGGUGGCCCCAUUUCUGUGGAGUAACGGUAUAAGAUAGCUAAUUGGAGUGUUGAAACCUAAAACCAUUUGACUCUGGAUUUUAAGUACAUUUUUAUGUGUAGAUUCCUGCCUGUCUUGCUAUCAGGCCCUGCAGCCCACAAGUGUUUUUGCUUUGGAGAACCUUUUGGAAGUGUUUUCUGAACCUGAUUCUUUUUCUUGGGGUGGAGCUUGAAAUCCAUACCUUUCUGAGAGGACAGGACAGGAGGAGUAAAGUGACUGGGAAGGUAUUUCAUCUCAUCCAGCAUGUGCAGAGUCACAUCCUCAUCUUAUUUGCCACUUUGUGAUGCUACCCUGGACUAAGAGCUUUAAAUUUGAGGUUGAUUGUGGGUGGUUUUGUUUGGGUUGGAGCUCCCCCCCCCAUCCUUUUUCUUUCUUUCUUUCUUUUUUUUCUUUUUGGUGUGUGCAUGUGAAUUGUGCUUAGGUUGCAAAUUUAAUCUUCACCUACCAAGAGAUGGCCUCCUCCUUGGAUAGCCGCUCAGUGGACCAUUAGACUCAGCAAGAAGACCCACCUGUGGCUAUUACUCCUGGGUACUCUCAUUCAUGUUUGGGGUUUAUUUUCCCUUCUGCUGCUGCUCGGCAGGAGUCUGGUCAUCAUCUGCUUGUGGGAGUGGGAAAUGGGUGUUUUUAGACCAACACACAUUCUAAAUUUAAAAUGAGUAAUAAUUGGAACAUAUAAAGGUCCUUGUACCCAAAGUGACUCCACACGGGAAAAACAAACCACUUUUUUCAGAGUGUGACUGAAGAGGAGGAAAGAGUUCGGAAAUAUGAUGCAGUAGAACAGGUUUUGAAGGAAGAACAUAUUCUCUCCUGUAUUUGUUAAGAGGAAAUCAGACAGUUAAAAUGCCUGCUAAUCAAAUGUUUACUUAGCUCACCAUAUGUCCAGGUUGCCGGCAGAGUUUCUUUCAGAUAUGAGUGUUGCCUAUUGAAUUUGGAGAACUUUAGACAGCAAGUCUGUAUUCCCCCCCCCCUUUUUUUUUUGCCACAACCAAUAGGACAAUAGCAGAAUUAGCCAAUCCUAAAACCUUCUAAAGACAAUUUUUGAAUGUCCCACCGGGAUAAUUGAAUUUUUCUUUCUGAUGUGUGUUUUUAGUUUAGAAGUGCUAUCUAUUCUACAAGAUUUGAGUCCGUGAGGUUGGAAGAUAUCCUAUCUUUUUUUAUUCAAAAAGCACAAUCAAUCUUUUCUUUGAAAAUCUAUAUAAAGUACAACUUGCUUUUAGCAUGAUUAUUUUCCUAAAUAAAAGACAAAGAAUUUACUUAUUUUAUGUUAAUUACGGGCAUGAAGCAAAAGGUUUUCUUUAAAAAAAAAAAAUUUAAAGUGCAGUUACGUAGGGCUGUGGUUAGUUAACCGUACUGAGUUAUCUAUCUAGCAUUUGUGGCUUGUUGGAGGGGUAGUGUUAACUAUUUAACAUGGAAUGGUGUGCUUUAACUUUUCUAGCGCGUUGUCUUCUCAUUAUUUUGGGGGAGGGAGGGUCUCUGCUGGCACUGUCUAACCUGCUUACCUGCCGAAUUAGCAGUUUGCUUGUGCUAUAACUGUUUAAAUUGUAGGUGCGACUUAGGGUAGGCUUUAAAGUGCUGGGUGGUGAUUUGAGUUCAAACAAUAAAAAAUUGUAUUUUUUCAA